CCUUCACGCUCUGCAACCAUGAAGGUCACCCUCGCCUUCGGCCUCGCCCUCGCGGCCCUCGUGUCGGCCAACCCGGCGGUUCUUCCUCAGGCGACGCCCGCCCCGCUCGCCAUUGCCCGCCAGGCCGAUGAGUCUGGCGCCAUCUCGACCGCAAUUUCUCAAGCACAGUCGGCACUGUUGCAAGGCGCGUCGGUCUUCUCGCAGCUCGGCGGCGAGCUGCCGGCGUCGCAGUCGGCGUCGUUUGCCGCCAUUUUUAGCUCGAUGUCUGGGCUACUCUCAUCCGCGAGCGCCGCCGCACCGACCGACCCGGCCAAGGCAGAGAGCAUCCUCGGAAACCUCGCCACGCUCGCGCCGCAGAUCGAGAGUGCCGCGGGCUCGCUCCUGAGCGCCAACCCUUCCGCCUUGUCCGCCAUUUCGGCAGCAUCGAGCAGCGCAUCCGCCGCCCAGGCCAGUGGAAAUUCGAAAGGCAGCAAGAAUGGCGCUGCCGCCGCCGGUGCUAGUGUCGUCGCCACUGGCCUCGCUGGUGCCGCCGCCGUUGCUGCCGCCGUCGCCAUGCUCGCUUGAGCGUAGCGGUGCCUUGUGAGAUGCAUUUGGCCACCCACGUGUUUUUGAGGUCUCCUCCAUUUGUACUCUUGUCACGGGAUAUAUAACUUCCUCCAUGC